UGAACUCGUCUAUAGCGUUAUUUGUACUCGUCUAGGUGUAGUUGGAUAAUAACACGCCUUCUUCCUUGCUUUGAAUUAAAUAACUUAGGUUCCAGCAGAAUUUCAGCCGUGUCGCAUCGCAAAGACGAGUAUCCACGCGUAAAGCACAAACUAAAAAGUAAGCCCUUCCCAUAAUCAUUAUACAAAGAUCUAGCAGGGGACUUUUAGUCUUCUGCGGCAUAUGAUCUGUUCCUGCUCCCAGUGAUAUUCAGUAAAAUAUAAAUUUUGACGCGCGAGUGACGUCAUGAUACAGAUCUGUGUGAGAAGAGAUUUAGACGAGAAAGCAGAUCCUUUUCUCGUCGGUCUCCUUCAGUGCACACGCCGGUGCGGUUUUAACAACUUCCCUCUCCUGGUUGUUAGUCCAUUGCAGGGCUAUACCUCCGCCUCGAGCAUUUCAUCAGGCUUUCUGGAACAAUUAACCGCCUUCUUAACCAAUCAGAUGCAAAGGCUAAAUUAAUUGCGCAUUGGUCACCACGCAUGCGCGCGUUUUCCGCGCUUGAAGACGGUUAGAUGAGUUUAUUUGAGGUUUCAUUGGCUUCUUCUGAUUUCUACAUUUGUUAAGAUUGAAAAUGGCGUUUAUUUUGUGUUUUGUUUUACGACAAUUGAUCCAAAAGUGCUUAUAUAAAGGACGAUUUUGAUUGAUUGCAAUAAUAUAUCAUUUCAACUGGUUUAAGUUAACCGGCGAAACCGGUAUGAACUCGUGACCUUUCUUUAAAAUUUAUUUUGACCAACUGCCAAAUUGGUUAACUAUGUAAGACCCCAAACGAUCCCUGGAGCUAUUUUCAGUUUUAAUUGUAGUAGAGAAAAUCAACAUGUGAACAGGUAAACGAUCAUAUGACUCACCAAAUGAAAUUGCGAAACUAUCAAUGUUUUUUAAUCAUAUGUGCAGAUGUGAAGUGUUAAUCUUGAUCCCAACCAGCUAGAAGUGUCAUUGUAGAUUACGCAGCAACAACGUUCUGUACCAUUGUGGAGGAACGUUUUUCAGAAACUCUCAAACAGCGUUGGUAAGACUUGAAAGGUGUCACGUAGUAAGCUUUUCUUAUUGCUAUCAGGUAUACUAAAGAGAUGGUUUUUUUUUAAUCUGGGAAAACUGGUUAUUGUAUUUUAUUUGGAUUCCCUUUAUCAUACUAAAAGCUUUCCAAAUCAAAACACUUCAUUAAAGAAACAUCUCUUAGACCACAGAUCGAAUUCAGUCUAUCUUCACAUGUCUGGAGUGUAAGAAAGAAAAUUUGAACAAAGGUAUAGGUGGUCUGUUUUAGGCCAGAAAAUAACUCUAUCGAUAAGUUCUUUCAGUGAAAUCUGUCCUUGUUUGAAUGCGGCGAUUUUUGGGUAAAGUUUAGUUUCGCGUCACAUUUUUAUCCCCUUUUUUUAUCAUAUUUCGUGACUUUUGUGUCAAAAACGGACUAAACGGUUGUUUAGUUUUUGGAACAAUUAUUUUUGUUCUUUAUCAAAAAAACUUCUGACCAGAUGUUUAAUGAGUAAUGUAGGACUUCACAAACUGCCUUUACAAUGAGAUUCUGCAAGUUCAAUUAAAGUUUUAAUAAAAAAAAGCAGACUUCCCUUCUCAGCAACUUAUUUGGCAGGUGAUAUUAUCGUUGCGAAAAUCGGGAACGAACUUCCAAUUACUUUUAGGUUUGUUUUGUUCCUUUUUUUUUGUUUGUUAUUCUGUUACUUUUUUUUCUUCCCCUCUAAGAGGUUAUGGGCAACAACGUUACACUUUUCAAUACAGAGUCGGUUUUAAAUUAACAACAGUAUCAAUUCUUUUUACAGAUCGACGCUAGCUGCAUGGCGCCCAUCUUAAUGAUGAUAUCCCUUCUGAGUAAUUUAGGGAAUCUGGAUGCUUUGUCCUGGCCUGCGGAUUAUUCACUCGAGUGCCCCUCCGGUUGUCUUUGCUCAAAGGCUUCGCCAGACCUCACCUUUCUGAAAACUGAUUGCUCAAAGAAAAAUUACUGGCUCGUUCCUUUGGGUGUGUCAAAAGAUAGUACCCAUGUAAACUUUGCUAGGAACAACAUUGAUUACCUUCCCAAAGGAUUGCUGAGCGAUUUGAUGGGUUUGGAAGUCUUGGAUCUGUCUGGUAACCACAUCAGUUACAUUACGGAAGGAAUUUUCAAUGGAAUUCCCAACAUUUCGACACUGUACCUUGGUGAGAACAGGAUUUCAAGCCUCGAGAGUGGAAGUUUUCAAGGAAUCCCAAGACUGGAACACUUGUGGUUACCCAUCAACAAUAUUUGGGACCUGCCUCGCAACAUACUUCACGGCCUUGUUAACUUGAAAGUGCUGUCUGUGUCAUCCCAUUUGAUUUCCUACCCAUUCUUUAUUUACAGUUUCACGUGUUAUUUAUCAGUAUCUUUAAUGCUUUUGUAUACUUAUUUUGUUUAGCGGUUUAAGCAUGAACAAGCUGACAAAAAUACAUGCUCAUCUGCUAAAAGAUGCACAUAAUCUGGAAUUUUUGUGAGUGGAGUCUUUACUCAAUGAUAUUUCAUGCCGUUGAGACCCUGUGUAUUGCAGAAACAAUUUCGUAUUAUUUCUACCUUUUGCCUCGCGGAAGACUUUUAAAACUCCCAACCAAACCAAACACAACUGACUUGUCUUGCUCAAUAUUUAAGUUCAUAAUGUUUGGUAAUUUAACACCAUGUGAUCACUGUAUUUCCAAAAUUCAAGGUUUCUACAACAUAACGAGAUAACAGGUAUACCUGACAACCUUUUUCAAAAUGCUUCCAGCCUCAAAUAUGUGUGAGUAAAAGUUGUUUUAAACUUCUUCAAAGCUUAUCAUCGACAACAGUCCUUUUUAGGACCCACCCUUCAUGUUUUUUAACAAAUAAAUUAUGAUCACGCUCCUUGUAAGAUGAUGUAUUUCCUGAUUUACCG